AUGUCUCGUCGUCAUAUUUUUCUCAAAGCGGCUAAUGUAGCUGCAUUUCUUACAGUAAUGGUAUUCAAUUAUUACAACCCCAUGGGUAAAAGAAAAGAACAUGAAGGAGACGACGAUGAUAAUGGAAUUCCCGUCAGUUACAUUUCGCCCGCAAAUUUUACCUUUAUAAUUUGGUUCCUCAUUUAUUCAUUACUUCUAGGGUUCGUAAUUUAUCAAUGGUCUGAUAACGCUAAAGAUGCAACCGUUGAUGGUGUUCAAUAUUACUAUAUUAUUGCCUGUAUUCUAACUGUGACUUGGAGGGUUGUUUGGAACAUUCUGGAUCUCCUUUUUAUUCGUUACCCUUUUACCAUUUAUGCCGGAUGGCUUUUGGUAGCAACUUUUCUUAACUUCUGGAUUGCUAUUAGUGCCCUUAAUACUAUAUUCUUAUCCACAGUUGCAGUCGUAAUUCUUGGUUUUAUUGGUUCAUAUUUCACUGACGAUGAUCGACAUGAUGUUGUAUUUGCUAUCACCAUUUUGUGGGCUCUUAUUGGAAUUGCAGUGAAAAACCAUAAUCACAUGCCAAUACUCGUUGCCGCCACAGUGUUAUCUGGUCUUAAUUUAGGAGGAAUUUUAAGAGUUUGGGAACGUUAUUUUAUUGCGAAAAUUCGUUUACGAAGACAAAGGUUGGCUAGUGAAAGAUCCCCUUUGCUUGGUUAA